UGAAGUCAAUAAAACGCUUUAAAUAGGGACUUUUAUCAAGCUUCUUGUAAACAUUGAAUUGUUAUAAACAAAAUGGAAAAGUAUGAAAAAAUUAGAGUUGUCGGCAGAGGAGCUUAUGGGACAGUUCAUCUGUGUCAGAGACUGGCCGAUAAGAAAAUGGUCAUUAUCAAACAGAUUCCAGUGGAACAGAUGACAAAGGAGGAACGACAGGCGGCCUUGAACGAGGUCAAGGUCUUAUCCAUGUUGUCCCACCCUAACAUUAUCCAGUACUACGAGAACUUUCUGGAAGACAAAGCUCUGAUGAUUGUCAUGGAAUACGCACAAGGAGGAACUGUAAUGGAUUAUCUGCAAUCUAGAAAUGGCAUUUUAUUGGAAGAAGAGGAGAUCCUGAAGUUUUUUGCCCAAAUGCUUCUUUCCAUUCAGCAUGUUCAUUCAAAACAAAUUUUACAUCGAGACUUAAAGACUCAGAAUAUUCUAUUGGACAAAAAGAGAGAGGUGGUUAAGAUUGGGGAUUUCGGAAUUUCAAAAGUUCUCAGCAGCAAAAGUAAAGCUUAUACUGUUGUUGGAACACCUUGUUACAUCUCUCCAGAGCUUUGUGAGGGAAAACCUUAUAAUCAGAAGAGUGAUAUUUGGGCCCUGGGGUGUGUACUGUAUGAACUGGCAAGUCUAAAAAGAGCCUUUGAGGCUGCAAACUUGCCAGCUCUUAUCCUGAAAAUCAUGCGGGGAACAUUUUCUCCGAUCUCUGCGAAUUACAGUGAGGAGUUAAGGGCCUUGAUUCUGGGUAUGCUUCACCUUGACCCAAAUAAGAGACCAAACAUUAAUCAGAUCAUGGCACAGCCCAUUGUAAUAAACGCUCUGAUGACCUUACACACAGACUUAGGGAGAAUUCCAUGCACCAAAGUCAGUCGCCCCAUCCCCCCCUCCACGGCUGCAGCCAGAAGUCGAAUACCAACUCGGGGCAGCAUGACACCAAGAGAUGCUCUGCCUGCCAAACCCCCGGCCCUUAGUUCAGUGUUUUUCUGGGGGAUAGGUGUCUCUUCCCCAAUAAAGCUCCCCCUUCCCAGCAGUGAUACCCAGGUGACCCAGGUCUCAACUGGGCGGACUCAGAAAGCGGCCGUCACCAAAAACGGUCGACUCUUUGUGUGGGAGUCCUCCACCGUCGGUACUGACACCCUGAUCCCGGGGGCCACAGAGAGCCACACCCCCACGUAUGUCCCGAGGUAUCUGGAGGGUCAGUCAGGGGUCAACAUUCAACACGUCGCAUGUGGUGGUCUCUUCACAGCUUGUCUCACAGAUCGAGGGAUUUUGAUGACAUUUGGCAGUGGGGUGUAUGGAUGUCUGGGGCAUGGCAACUAUAAUGAUGUGGCUCAGGCUAAAAUAGUGGAGGAUCUACUGGGUUAUGAGGUGGUCCAGGUGUCCUGUGGUGCCUCCCAUGUUCUAGCCGUGACCAAUGAACAUGAAGUUUUCUCCUGGGGAAGGGGAGACAAUGGUCGUCUUGGACUGGGGGACCAGGAAUCUUACUCCUCUCCUCGCCCCGUUUCUAUCCCCGAGCCCCUCCGACCCUCUUCUGUACACUGUGGAGUGGACUGCUCUAUGAUUCUCACCCUGGACAACAAACUUCUCUGUUGUGGAAGCAAUAGGUACAACAAAUUGGUAUUAGAUAUCAUUGCUACAGAUGGUACCUGUAUGAAGCUGGUAGAUGAAAUACACACCUUUGUUCAGGCAGCUUCUCAUCCAAUCGGAAAUCUCCUCAUCAAAGGUGUUGCCAUGGGAACUUCCCACACAGCUGCAGUUACAGCGGAGGGUAGCUGCUAUACAUUUGGUAACAACCAGUUUGGACAGCUGGGUAACCAGGUCAGCAACAGCAGACAGCCACAGGAAGUCAAGAUCGCACAGAAUCAGAAGGUCGCCAUGGUAGCCUGCGGUGACACAUUCACUGUAGUGGUGGCAGAGGAGGGAGAGGUGUACUCCUUUGGGAACCAGUCCCGGGGUCGACUGGGGCGUCCCGAGGAAGACCCCACAGAACCCAGGAAAGUCCCCUUUAUAGGGGAGGAGCCAUUUAAUGUCGUCUCUCUGUCCUGUAGUCAUGGCAACACACUUCUAGCCACUAGACCCACACAACAAAUGAAUGGGGAAAACAUAUAAA